AACGACAGAAGCGCCAGACACGCGCGGAGCGCCCGGCCCGAGGGGCGGAGGCAGCAGCCGGAGGGCGGCGCCGCGCUCCAACGGCGAGCGCUACGCGAGCCGCGGCCCGGCGGGAGAAAACAGCUGCACGACUCUGCCACUGCCUGGCCUUGGCUCAGGGGAGGUCGGUGGCUCUGAGGGCUGGCGGCGGCACUUGGGGCACAGCAUGUCUAAAGAGCUGCAGGAGCUGCAGAAGCAAUGGCACUUCAUCGUGCAGUCCAUCCACAGCAACUCAAACGUCGUUGCGUUUAUGAACUCCCGCCUUGGCCUGUACUUGGAUGACCACCCUUUUGUUGCCUUAUCGCUCCUGAUGUUCAUUGCAGUGUCUACUAUUCCUGUGGCAUUUUUCCUCAUCUUUGUUGUUACAACAGUCGUAAUGGCCUGUGUUGGUGUGAUAGUCAUGGAAGGAGUUGUGAUAUCCAUCGGGGGCAUCGCCCUCCUCUGUGUGCUCUGUGGCCUGGGCGCGCUUUCACUGGGAGUUUCUGGAGUGCUGAGUGUUUGUUACAUCGUUCUUUCAGCUCUGGUCAACUACUGGUGUGCCUCAAGGAGCCAGGCGAGGAAGCAGGAUGUUAAUGGAAGCUCUCCACAAAAGAGUCUGUCUGUCAUGGACUUCUCUGACAACAAACGAAAGAACAAAUAAGUGGUUCUGCCCAUCUCCUUCAUACACUCCGCUGUGCAGGUCUGUCCUUUGCAAUGUGUUCGUUUACUUGUUGAGCAUACAACCUCAGUGCACUUCAUUUGGGGGCUGAAAGAGCAUCGUGUGUUGUCACUGUGGUGGAGCACCCACCGAGCAGCACACUGUGACACUGCAUGAACAAGGGAAUGUUCUGCAGAGUUUGGUAGAGGGAUGCAGCAGUAACAGCAGAGUUGGUGGCAGUCGGGUGAUAGAAAGGGUAGGCAGUGUUUGCCUUUGUUACUGGAGUUCUGGAUGUACUAUUUUUUGCAAUUUGUAUGCAGCAGUUUGGCUGUUUUAUACGUAAGUGUUAGAGCCCAGAACAUCAGAAAUGCUUUUGAAGGGUGAAAAAGUAAUUUCUAAGUGCUUACAGCCCAUGUUAAGACACUGUGAGCAUACCACACUAAUGCUGCGCGUAGUGAGAAGAAAGCAGGUGUCAUCACGCCUUAGUUGUGCUAUAAGCUUUUACACACCUGUACAGCUGAAGGGAUGUUUUCCUGCACUCACUGCCACCUCACAGCAGCUGUAUGCAGUCCACCCUUCUGUUCUGUCCUGCUCCGGGUGCUUAAAUGGCCUGUUUUGCUUCUCAGUUGUAACCUUUCACUUUGUUUAAAACUUUUUCCAUUUUUGAAAGUGCUGUCAUAUUUCUAAGCAUUAUCUAACUGUAUGAGUUUAAUAAAGUGCUGUUUGUUUAA